CGCUAUGGUGGCACGGAGCGCAAUUGAAAGAUUCUGUUCGCAAACUCUCUACGUCGUCUCAUGCAGCUUGGAAGCGAGUUGUAAGUAAGCCGUGAGUUCAAUUAUACGUCCACAACGAAUUUUCGUCUCGCGUCCUAUUACGACAAUACCAGUAAUUUAUCACUGCUCGACGCGAGUGACGAGCUCGCGGACGUCACGAUGGUCCUGGCAGAGAGAAACUCUGAAAACGUACGAAACGGUCGCAGAUCGCGAGGCCCCAGCCCAAACGCACAGACAGACUCCUCUAGCGAAGAGGAUGGAGUUCCAGCAGAAAAAAUAAGAGUUGGGCGAGAUUAUCAAGUUGUUGUUCCCGAAUUUGUGCCUGUUAAUGAACGUCGAUUAGAUCAAUGUCCUGAUAGGGCAUUAUUAGUUUGGUCACCUACUACAGAUAUACCGGAUCAAAAAUUGGAUGAAUAUAUUAUAUUAGCCAAAGAGAAAUAUGGUUACAAUGGCGAACAAGCAUUGGGAAUGCUAUUUUGGCAUAAACAUAAUUUGGAACGUGCAGUUUUGGAUUUGGCGAAUUUUACACCAUUUCCUGAUGAAUGGACAGUGGAAGAUAAAGUAUUAUUUGAACAAGCGUUCCAAUUUCAUGGCAAAAGUUUUCAUCGCAUACGACAAAUGUUACCGGAUAAAUCUAUUGCAAGUCUCGUGAAAUAUUACUAUAGUUGGAAAAAAACACGAACUAGGACAUCAUUGAUGGAUAGACAAGCACGUAAAUUGACAAGUGGUUGCAAAGAAGGCGAGAAUGGCAGCGAAAACGGAAGCGAGCUCGGCUCCAACACAGACAGCGAAUCCGAAGAAAAAAAAUGGACGAUCCACCGCGGAAUACGUCGUGGAAAGAACCAAGCUGUGCCAGGAAGUCAAGGCACUGACGCUAAGGCCCCAUCCGACUCGGAAAACGCCCCUCAGGUUCAGGGCUCGUGUAGCAACUGUGGCGUUGCGUGCCAUAGUGUUCGUGCGACGCCCAAGGGACACGCGUGUCAUAGCUGCUAUCUACAUUGGAGGCGCACUGGUGUAGCAAGACCGUUAACUUCCAUGCCGGGUCGUACAAAUAAAAGAAAACCGCCCCGUGGCUUGGUUGUGAAUCACGAUGAUUUGGCGGCAUUGGCUGGUCAACCGAACCAAGCCAACAACAGCUUGCAAGCGAUUGAUACUGAAAUUGUUAGCUUAAAGCGUCAAAUACAAGCUAAUAAACAGCAAGUGAGUGCAUUGAAGCGAAAGACAGUCGACGGUAUCGAUCAUCUACGACCGCCUGAAGUUUCGAGCCGUAUAAAUGCUCGUUGGACAAGCGACGAAUUGUUAUUAGCCGUUCAAGGCAUUAGAAAAUACGGAAAAGAUUUCGCUGCGAUCGCUGAAGUUAUUGGAACCAAAACCGAAGCCCACUUACGAUCAUUUUUUGUCAAUUAUCGACGGAGAUAUAACUUGGACGCGGUUCUAAAGGAAUUCGAGGCUGAAAACGGUCCCAUACUGAUCGACGAUGAGAAAGAAGAAAAGAUGGACGUUGAUCAGUCCAACGAUACCGCAGAAUCUUCUCAGAAGGGAAAAACUUCCACUGGACCUGGGCAAGCUUCUAAAUAACAAAUGAGUACAAUUUCGAGUACAAAACGAGAAAAGAAUAAUUUGCAGAAUCAGCGAUAAUCGAUAACAGCGUCCGAGAGGUAUUUGAUCAAAUUUAUGAUUUUUUUUAAUGUACUACUUUUUCUUUUUUCUUUUUUUUUCCAUUUUAUUACUGCCCCAGCAAAAGCGCCUUAGUAUAUUAUAGCAUAGGGAUUUGCUUUUAUAAAUUUACAUUUUUAUUUAAUUAUUUAUAUGAUAUGAGUCACAUAAACCCAUAUAAAUAAUCUUCAUAUUAAUCAAGAUAAUUCAGUAUCUACUAUAUAUUUCUAGUAAGUCUUAACGUAUCUUGUCUUGUACUCAAACAUGGUGUCUAUUACCUAAAAAACGUGAAAAACUUGGAAUUUGUGUUGAAAUUGUCUGUUCGAGUAUCUAUCUUUAUUUUGCAAUAAAUCGGCAAAACUCUUCGCUUUUUUUCAGAAUUUAAAAAAAUUUUUUGAAAUUUUAAUGGCUCUUAAUUUUUCUUUAUAAUUUGUAUGAAGGGGCAUUGAAAAGCCCAUAUAAUAGAAUAAUUUAUUUUAAAUAUGCAUUAAAAAUAUUCUAAUCUUGCUUGAAAAUAAACAAAUAAACAAAAACAUCUAGGAAAUCAGGGAAUUCUUAAGAAAUUUUUGUUCAAAAUUUGAAUAGAUAUCCUCUAAGGAUGAACUUCAACUAUUCAUUUAUAUAAAAGAUAUAAAAGAAUACUAAAUAAUUGAAGUUCUCACUAGGAGCAUAUUUGCAAAAAAUGUAACUACGAAACACUUCUUACAAUAUGCACAUGGUAGCAUAGUACAAUUUAUGUUUAAGAGUAUAUUUCUGAUAUUGCUUUCACAUACAUGUGACGUGAUAGAGCUUUUAUUUGUCUUGUUUGUGUAUUGUACAAAUAUAUAACAUUUUACGGAUUUGUAUUAAUAUAUAUAUAUAUAUAUAUAUAUGCACAUAUAUAUAUAUAAAACUAAGAACAAUAUAAGGUAAAAAUUGAUCUCAUUUCAAGAAAUUAUACAAUAAUAAAUUAUCAAAUAUAUCAUAGAUAUUGUAGAGGUGUUGCAUUUUUUUUUACAAGAUUAUAUGGAUUAAGAAAUAAUUACGCAUUGAAGCUUUUGAAUGAAUUACGAAAAAAGUUUUAAUUGUCUUGUUCAACUGUCUAUGUUUUUAAUUGCUACUCACACUACAAUGAAAAACUAUUACAUUUCACAAUUUUACUGCUUAUAUAUACUCACUUGUGUGCCUUCGAAAUUUUAUUGCUCUCAUAAUUCUGGAUAGUCUUGAUGUUAUUUUUUUCUUUUUGUUAUUUAAUAAAAGUUGUCUUAUUAGUAGCAGAAACAAACACAGAAGGUAACAUUUAAUGAUUUUUUUAUCAAUAUAAUUAAAAAUUGAGUAAAAUUAUAUACGAAAAGAUCAUCGCGCAACACUUUAACAUUUUUCUUUCUGCAAUUAAAGAUUUAACAUGUAACUUACACGCAGUAUUGACAAUCUUUUGAAAUUAUAAUAAGCAGUAAGCUGGAAAGCAAAACAGUAUAUUUCAUAUUUAGUUAGAUAUAAACAGGAUAUAAUUUUAUAAUUUAUUACAGUGCAAAAAUGUAGAUAUUGCCACUAUAAUUUACAAUAUUAAGACGCAUAAAUGUUAAUGAGAAAAAUCAAGAGAUGGAGAAACACUAUCCUCCAGAUGGGGAAAAGAGUGUGUUAUUUUCAUGAUAGAUCGCAGUGUUGGUCAAAAUUAAUGCAUACAUUGCUAGAAAUACAUGCACGCAUGCAUUUAUUACUAAUAGCUACAUUGAAUAUAGCGAAAUAAUAAUGAAAGAGAACUACUUUCCAAAUGAGCAAAAAAGAUUUAGUGUCCCUUUGCGUUAAUGUUUUGUGUGGAAUCUGAGCUCUUCUUCUGUCACAAAUCUGUUUACUGAUAAGAACAAUUUAGAUAGGUUAAUAAAACACACAUUUUGCAAAUUUAUUUAUAAGAUUGAUAGUUAUUAAGUGAUCAUCUUUUUGUGUAUGUGUAUGUUAACUGCGAAUAAUAUAUACGAAAAUCAUUUUCUCUACAACGCUAGCUCUCUGUUCGAAAACAUACAAUAACGCUAAUUAACGUUUGACGUCCGUCUUCUCGCAGAGAAAUCUAAAUCUUGCGACGCAGGAUUUGCAAAGUUGUCGAUUACGCUAUCAAAAAUAUUUAAAAAUAUUUUGUUAAGUUGAAACGCGAAUUAUAUGUAUAUCAGCACCUUACUUAUUCAGAAAGUAUCAAAAUCUAACACACUAUUCUUACAUACAUUUUUUUCAUAUUAAGAUGUACACUAGCUAAUAAUUUACAUUAAAUUAAUCUGCAUAAUAUAAGUCAAAAUUUAACGAAUUGUCGAUAAAUAAUGUAGAUUUAAUUUUGAUAGCGGUAAUAAUGAGACUAUUAGGUAAGUGUCUAUAAGGGCUGAAGACUACAAAGCUAUUCAAUUAUUAGCAAAUUGAUGCCCGCGCCUGUGUGAAUAUGUAUAUGUGUGUAUGCAUGUGUAUAAAAAUAGAUGAUUGCACGCAUGCAUAUAUCUUCGUGUAUGUGUCGCGAGAUAAGUCGCAAUAAUUAACUAAUUUAUCUCUUUUUUUUUUUUUACAUGAGCACGUUAAUGAAAAUCUAUAUUUAUCUAUAGCGACAUAUCACGCAAAUGCAAUAGAUUUUACCGACAUCAUUAUGAUGAUAAUAUAAAAGCGGAACUAAAUGAGCGGAAUAAAAAGCUUUGGUGCAUUAAAAAGAAUUAAUCAGAUAAAUUAUUCUUAGUUAGUACUUUUCGAAAUGCGCGUUGCCGCGCAUGAGAAAUGCGUGAUUUCCGCACGAAAUCCGAGUUCCACUUUUAUCGCAAAUCUAUUUUUCUCGAGAUUAGAUUUGUCCGCACUUUUGUGCGAAUAUCUUACGAAAUGUUAAUGCAUACAUAUGUACCGCAUUUUAUUUAUAUUUACGUUAGAUUCGACGUUACUCUUAAAUAUAAUAUUUUAAUGUACUUGCGCAUAAUAGCACUCUUUCGGGAAUUCUUCACAAAAGAGACGAUUCGAGCGUAUUAAUGUAAGAGAAGGUAUUGCACUAUAUGAUAAAUUGGAUAUAUGCGAGGAUGUAUAAUGUACGCAGGUUUCCAUAGAUAUAAGGACUCCGUUGAGUAAGAAAUGAAGGUUUAAUGGAGUAAGUAUUUGCUGCGUGUAACAUACUUGUAAUUGUUUGAAAGAUGAUAAUACGUUUAUUGUAAAGGAAUGUAAAAGUAUUCAGUAUCUUUUGUACGUGAACAAAGAAAUUCAAAUGUCAAAUUCGUCAUUUUUAGCGGUUAUUAUGUAUAUAGCUAUGUGACGUCGAAGAAAGAGCAUCUUAAAGAUAAGAAAAGGAUUCUCUCACUAAUGUAAAUAUUUUAAAAAGCGAUAAAGCCUGUGUUUAUGCAUAUUGUCGGGAAUAUGUGUAUUGCACAUUUGGCUAAUUGUAAGUUGUACACAUGUAAUUAUAUAGAAUUAAUUAAAUAUGUCUUGUGCAUUUUGCGAGAAAUAAGAAAUUAUUUAUUUCUAAUAUUUUCUUUUAAAGAUACAUUGUAAACAAUUGUGUUAUUUAUUGAACAAAGUGGAUUGAAAGUACUGUAUAAUUCC